AUUUCAAGUCGGCAUUGUGUCCCUCCCUGACCGACAAGACGGCGCCUCCCGCUGCCCCACCAUGUCCGAGAAGAUGUACUACUGGGGUCAGGAGAAAGACGUGGACCCGGAGCAGACUUUCAUUGAGUUCUCGGCCAAGCAGGGAUCGUCCUCCACCGAGCCUAACCAGCAGGUCAUCCCCCCAGAGGUAGAAGAUGAGCGGGGCGGCUGGGGGAACAAGUUGGACUUCCUCUUCUCGUGCAUCAGUGUGAGCGUGGGACUCGGAAACGUGUGGAGGUUCCCGUACCUCUGCUACAAAAAUGGAGGAGGAGCUUUUUUGGUUACUUACGGCAUUGCAAUGAUUUUUUGUGGCAUCCCGAUUUUCUUCCAAGAGGUAGCGGUUGGGCAGUACCUAGGAGCAGGGGGCAUGACUUUCGUGGGACAACUGUGUCCUCUUUUGCAAGGUUGUGGUUACGCUACAAUGACUAUAGUGUUCUUCCUGGAUAUCUACUACUGUAUCAUAAUAUCCUGGACACUCUUCUACUUGAUUGCGUCCUUCACUUCCUUACCCAGUCUGCCUUGGGAAACCUGUGAUAACUGGUGGAACACGGAAGCUUGUUUCGCCCCAGGAAUGGAUGCAACGAUGGUCCACAACCGCACAAACCACACGAACUCUCCAGUGGAGGAGUAUUGGGAUAAACGUGUCCUGCAGAUAUCCUCCGGGAUAGACGACCUGGGUGGGAUGCAGUGGGAACUCGUAGGUUCUCUCCUGUUGGGAUGGGUGCUGGUUUACUUGAUCAUCUGCAGAGGACUUCAUCAAAGUGGCAAGAUCAUUUGGUUCACGGCACUCUUUCCGUAUGCUGUACUCCUGGUGUUGCUGGUAAGAGGGGUGUCAUUGCCUGGCGCUGGAGAUGGUCUUCUCUACUAUAUCACACCGCGAUGGGAGGAGCUCCUGGGUCCGGGCCCUUGGAUCGACGGAGCCACCCAGAUAUUCUUUGCCUACAGCAUCGGAACUGGUGCCUUGCCGGCUCUGGGAUCCUACAACAAGUUUCACCACAACUGUUACAAGGAUGCCAUCAUCACCUGUGUUGUGAACACUCUCACCUGUCUCCUGGCUGGUUGUGUCACUUUCUCCAUCCUAGGUAACAUCGCCCAGGAACAAGGCACCCACGUGUCUCAGGUGGUCAAGAGUGGGCCUGGACUUGUAUUCCUUACUUACCCGGAGGUGGUCCUGAAGUUACCUGGAGCUCCCUGUUGGGCAGCUAUUUUCUUCUUCAUGCUCGUUGUCCUCGGAAUUGACAGUGAGUUCUGUAUUGUGGAGUCAUUUGUAACCGGAAUGGUAGACAACUGGCCUGAAGUGCUGAGGCCUCACAGAGCCAAGUUCACCAUGGCGAUGUGUGCUCUACUGUGUCUUCUUGGGAUGCCUAUGGUUUCUCAGGGUGGAGCCUACAUCUUUCAGCUGAUGGACUAUUACUCGGCCUCGGGCAUGUGUCUUCUAUGGGUGUGCUUCUUCCAAACCAUAGCCAUUUCCUGGAUAUUUGGAGCUGACAAGUUCAUAGACUGUGUUCACCAGAUGAUGGGAGUCCGUCCCAACCGGUUUUGGUAUUUCUGUUGGGUUUUCUUUGCACCGGCUACCAUGGUGUUUAUAUUCGGGUUCUACAUAGUCCAGUAUGUCCCAGCCAAGUAUGGCCCGUACGUGUACCCAGAUUGGGCCGAGCUUAUAGGUAUAUCGCUCAGCCUGUCGUCAAUGCUGUGGAUACCUGGCUAUGCUCUUUACUACCUUAUCACCACUCCUGGAUCUUUCAAAGAGAACCUUAUUCUGGGCUUAACUCCGAACAUUAAGUCAAGGGCUAAGGUAUCUGCUAGCGCAAAAUCUUCGGCUCUUCAGAUGUCCGAAUCAAGUGCCGGUCUGCUCUCCAAGAACAGUUCUUUCUUGAACCCAUAGCAGAUAAAGUCGGGGGCCGCGGGCUCCCAGGCCAAGGGGAAGAAGAAGCCUCCCCCUUGCCAGAAAUCCUCAGGACCCCUCGCUCCAUCCGAGAGCAGUGCCAGGCUCUUGUCCAAAAACAGCUCCUUUGUCAACCCCUAAGGGAAAUAAGUUGUACUGUAACGUUGUCAACUUCCGAUUGUGAUCUAAUGGAGAUGGUAAAUAAGCUCAAUUCAUGGAGUUAAUUCUUGAAUUAAAAUUGUUUUGUUAUGUAUUUUGGGUAACAUUUUGAGUGACUCUUAUAUGGCUAUGGCUGACUAUCGCUGAAAAAGUAGAAUUCUUUUAAUUCUAAGCUAUUUUCUAGUAAACUGCAGCGUUUAAUGUUUACUGCUUUUUACACAGUUUGUGAUAUAGUUUUAGUUCAGUUUAGGAUCUAUUAAGUGGUAUAUUUACGAAUGAUACUUUAGGCUUUAUGAUACUUUAGAUGAUACUAACUAAUAUUUAAAAUUAUAGUUUCUUAUUACUAUAUUAAUCUUUACAAUGCAAGGUAACUCGAUGUUUGUGAUACAAAACGAAAAAGUGAUUGCAAUUUAGGGUGAGUUCAACUCGAAGUCAAAGUGCUAUAGCGAGACUACUUAAUUAACAUGUAGAUUGUUAGAGUUCUGUGCCUACACAAGACAUAGGGUAUUUUAGAACUACUAUAUAUUAUAUAAUAGAACAAAGGUGUUAUAUUUUAUACAUAACUAUUACCUUAAAAAGGAACAGUUUUUCUCAUUGUAAAAUUGUGCCAAAUGCACAAAGUUGUUGUUAAAUUACACUUUUCAAGAAGGGUACUUAAAAUGUUAUUUUAUACUUUUUAAAACACGCGCAAAUUUAAAGAUAUGUUUUAUGAAUGAAACCAGUAAUUCGCAAAUUUUUGUCAGUUCAUCAUUUCCGAAUUACAUUUUAGAAUGAUACUUACAUGAAACGUUGCAUACGUGCCAUGUAUGUUUCAUAUAAAUACACGAAAAUCGGUUUUAAUUUCAUAUUUUUUAUCUAACAUUAGUUUCCCCUCACAUCAUGUAUGAUCUAUCUUUUUUAAUAAACCUUUUUUGUAAUAAAAUAAACUGAAACUCUUAUUAUGAUUUUGUUCAUUUGAGUAACCAUAACUAACUUUGAGAUUAUUGAAUGGGAACUUAACAUAAAAAUCCUUUUAUUCUUUCUCAUUUUCUGUGUACUAGUAUCAUUGGUAAAUCUUUAACAGCAUACUAUAUUUAGUUAGUCUGUAAAUGUGUAAUACCAUUCCCCGUGGUAGAUUCUCUGACCCCACUAUUCUGUGACAAUAUUCUAUCUCCGAAGUAACUCCUUAAGUUAUAUACCACUCUCUUCAAUGUUUAGUAGCACGGAUGAAAGAUCUUUCAAGUAAAUAAAAUACUGAUAUAUACUUUUUUACUGGUUAAAACAAAUUACACAACUGCCAAACACUCGUCACAUCUUUAUAAAAGUACAUAAUAUUUUUUAAAAGCUGUCUUUCAAUACAAACUAGUCUAACAUAUUUUUCCGUCUCUAAAUAAAAGCAAUGUAUAUUACUGAAAUGCUACUUAAUCGCACAUGAUUUAAAUAAUUAAUUGUUUUAUAGCACAACGUGCAUUAUAGAAUUAUAAAACACUGCUUUUGUAUCUUUUCAUAGUUCAGUACCUAGAUAAAUCCGUAGGUUUAACAUAUCAAAUUUACAUUUUUGUUGUCCUUAUAUGAACCACUAUAGUUACGUUAAUAAGCUUUUCAUGCAUAUUAAGUUUCAAAUAUGUAUAUUUAUCCGUAUUUUGUACAAACCAUUUUCAUACUAAAAUAAAAACACAUUUAUGUCAUACAAUGUCUGUGGUUAUCAUUUGAUAAGUAAAAAGAGAAGCUAUUUUUUAAAUAAUUUUUGGAAUUCCAAUAACUGCUUCCUAUUAUUUAGUACAGUAGGAUGUUGUAUAAACAAAUGAACUUUGUGAAUGGAGAAUUUAUACUGAAAGCUCUGGAUGGAACGGUAGCGCACGCGACCUGAAAGCACGUCUAAGUUUAACGUAUUAAGUCUAGUUUAUGUACCAUAGAAUACACGUACGAAUAGUGUAUAUAGAUGUAGAUAUAUGUAUAGUUUACUAGAUGUAUUUGUUGUACAUAUAGAUGUAUUUAAAACAGUUGUUCUAAGGUACGUCCUAAUGUUCUUUGCAAUAAUUUAUCUGUUGAAUUGUUUCCAAAGUCUAGUAUGAGGAUUUUACUUUAAACCAAUGCUUCCAACAAGCUUUGUGAUGUUUACUACUAGAAUAAUUUGCCCCCAGAUCAUCUGAAAACUUUAGAAAUAAAUGUUUCAACCAUUAAGGUCUUAACCUUAAAACAUUUUGGGAUAUAGAUCAUUGUGAAUAUCUUUAAUAUUAUAGUUAUUUUAAUUAUUAAUUAUUAUUUUACAACUGCUCAUUAUAAUUCAUUCCCGAAGCAGAAAUAUUAUCUUUUGAUAUUAUCUUACUUAAUAUCUGUAAAACUUAAAGCAGUACUAUGGCUAGUACAGUGCAAAUCAUGUACUGUGAGAAACAAUGUUAUUAUAAAUAUCAAAUGAAAUAGUUUGGCCAUAUUUGCAGUUUUAGGGAGUUAAAACAUUACGUAUUUUGUAGAUUAGAAAAAUUUAAUUCUGAGGAUUAUUCAUCGAAGAUCAGUGGACUAUUCAGGAAGAGUGUUAGAGGAUACAAUAAUUCAUGACCUCGUAUCUCAUAAAGGGCAUUUCGUUUCUACACUUUUAAAAAUUUAGUUUUAAAUCGUAUACCACUUUUAAGAAGUACACUAUUUCUGGAGCAUUAUAGACAAAAAAUCUAUCAAACUAAGAAUAAAAGUAUAGUACUUCUAUAUUAGCUUUCAGCAUCUGUUAUUCCCUUCUAUAGAAGAUAGAAUACUAAACAGAUUAUCUUAUAAUCCCUAUGAUAGCAUUACUGUAGAGAAAGGAAGCCUUUAUAAAAAUCUGCGACUAUAUUCUAUACAUGACUUAGUUAAUUUAUCAACUUUAGGUCUACUAUGAGAUUUUAAAAUCUUAAAAUGUUCAGCGGAAAUGGGCAUUCCACGGAUUAUAACUCUCUGUGAAAGCAAAGCCUCAUAGGAAAUGUUUUCUUUUUCCGGGUCUUUAGCAGGCUGAGAGGUCUUUCAGACAAAUUAUUUAAAGCCAGGCCCACAUCAAUGACUUAUCAAGCUCUGCCUUAACCACAAAAUAUCCAGAGGUUAAGUUGUGACAAUUAAAAUACACCACAGAUACUCUUUCAUUAUAAGUCUGAAAAACUUCUACUAAAAAUUACACUAAAAAUCGAGAGCAAACGUGGGCUGAUUGUACCAAGAACCUGGAUUAGUGUAAAUUAAUAUGGGCAUCAUUUACGCCUAAAUGUAAAAUCACAGUUUUUAAGAUUUAUGCAAAAUUUUAAUUCGUCUUCUAAAAACGAUACACCUCUAGGAUAAAAGGGCUUAGAUAGCAAAUAAACUGCAUUAUUUAAAAGCGGUCACUGAACCAUACAAUAAAUUACAAAGAAUUAUUGAAUAAUGACUCUUUUAUCUUUUUGUCUGACUUAAACGUUAAGAGUGUACCAUUAAAACGUUCAUUUGUUGGCCGUUUCUGUUAAGUGAUCAUCGUAAACUGAUCUUAAGUAUCAAUAUUGGUUAUGCUAAAAGUUGUAAUCAUUCCACGUAUGAAUUUGAGACAUUGAAUAAUAUCGUUGGGAAGGAAUUGAAUUUUACACCAAUUACGGAGAGAAAGAUGUCUCUAUUGUAUAUAAAAAAAUCUAUUAACAUAAUUUAAGAGACACCUGACCUGUAUAAAUGUGUCACAUCUAAAUAAAAAAAAUUAUUACUCUUGGGAACUUUAGAUGAAAUUAUAUACAAUGUGUCUUACUCAAAUCAUUACCCAUAUCUGUUCGGAUUUUUUUUAUCUAAUCAGAAUAGGUGGGUUUACCUCAGGGAUACUCCUCCCGAAUACACCAUUGAUGCGAAAGAAGAUUUUAGAUGAUCUGUGUAAGUCUUGAGUUUGAAAAUCAACAUGGAACAAACUGGUUUACUUAAUCUAUGGUUAUACUUAAAUAUAUUUUGAAUGUUAAAUUCGCUUUCUGUGGCUCGUAGUACUUAUAUAAUACAUGUCUUAAGUUAAUUUAUUUUCACAAAAGCCUAUUAAAAUUCCUAGUAUGAGCGGUGUCCUUUUAAAAUAUUGCCGCACAUGAAACCAAUCUCAAUACACAGACUUUUACAAUUUAAUGUUAAUGAGGUUUUUAAAAUCCCUAGAGGAUAACCUAAAGUGAUCAUUUUAAUUUUUUCGAACUCCCCUUAUAUAUUUAUCUUUCAUGAGCCGUUGGAGUGGAGCUCAGAAACUCUUUUUUGGGUAAAUCUAAUGAUGUAUAAAUGUAUACCUAUCAUUUAUGGCUGUGGUAAAACUUUAUCUGAGAGUGCAGUUAAUACUAACACUUCUGGUCCAGGUAAGGUGUAGCCUUACCUAGUGAGUAAGUCUUUUCCUUUCUGGGAAACACCCCUCUGUAAAAUGCCAGCUCGUUUGUUCACGAAAUACUGUUCACUAAAAAGUUGAGCAACCAAUGAGUAGUUUGCUCUGUUACACAACCUUCAAUGUGUUUCAUUUUAUGUUCAGCAUCUCUUUUUGCAAUCAUCUCAGGCAAAAGAUUUAAAUUUUUCGUUUAUAAGAAAAUUCCGAUUUCUAUUUCAGCAUUUUUCUUUACGUCCUCAUGGACCUACACAUCUGUGCUAAGAUACGUUCAUAUAGUAUAAAGAAGGAUUCCCAUAAAGAGCAACGUUAUUUUAUAAAAUAAACUAUAUCCACAAAAAAUAGACUUUUUAUCACGUAAAAUCAUUUUGCAUGAUUCCAGAAUGUACUAGUUUUCAGACUAACAGUCCACUUUAAAUUGCUAAAUGCCCGUAUAGUUAAUUUUUAAUAAUUAUUAAACAUUAAUUUAUAUUUCUUUUAUUCUACUUAUUAUCCAUCUAUUGAUAUUUGUACAACAGGUUACUGUAUUUAAUUAAGACAAAUUAAUGUGGUGCUAAUGUGUCUUCCAUGUUUUGUUCCAUGCUGGUUGAGGUAUGGUUUUAAUCUCUUGUGAGACUGUGUGACGUGGAUAUUUAAGCCGCUUAUAUGGUUGGUUUUGUAUUAUGUGUGUUAAAAAAAUAAAUUAAAGUUACUAUACUAGUAACUUUAUGGAUAUAUCAGUCGUUAAAACCUCUUUCUCAGCUAUUUAUAUAUUAUUAAUGUUUGUAUUUUUCUUAAAUUGUAAAAAUACUAAUAUAUAAUGCUCUGAGAAAAGUUUCAGUUUAGGCCCCUAGAUUAAAUAAUAAAAAAUAUUAUAUUCUUAUUAGAAAUAUGUAUUAUCUUAUUACAAAUAUAUUACUUUCAAAACGUAAUUUGACACACAAUUCAUCACCAGACGCAAUUUAAAAUAAAUUAAUAGUGUACCAAAUGUAUUUAAAUAUUUAAAUAAUGCUUUUUUACCCAUGAUGAAUUUCACAUAAAAUCAAAAUAUUAACUAUAUGCAUUCAUUGUUAAAUUAUUAAUAAAAGGUAAACUAAGAGCAGUAAAAACUAAACAAAAGAGCAACCAAAAUCUAUUUUCCACUGUAUGUUUAUGGAUCUUUCUUUUUACAUGUAUCUUUGUAAAAUGUUUCUGCUUUCUUACUUCCUUACUAUUGUGUUGAUUGAAAUAUAUGUCACACUGUCAAUAUAUAUUUAUCAUCGUGUUACAAAAUCUAAUUAUGCUCCAUCGUGUACCGCACAUAAAAUAAAAGUCGCACAUAUAUUUACCGAUCCCACAUGUUAUAAAUAUGCGUUACAGUACAAUUUUGUAAUAAAUGUUAACGUUUGAAACCUAUAAAAACAUCUAAUUUUAUAUGUUUGCAUAUAUUUUCCUUGUUACUGAAUUUAAGAAAAUUUGUUUUUGUAACACAAAAUAUUGAGUGUGACGUAAAAGAAUGAAUAGGUUUUUUGACGAGAAGCUAGGUCGAAUAAAUGCUUUCUUACACUUAACCUGUGGUACGACAUGUAAACACAACACGAUUCAUGAUUUUUAACUAAAAGUAUCGAUAAUAAAUAGUAUAUUUAAUACUUACAUAGUUAAUAUAUAGGAAUGAGUUGUGUUCUUGCUCACAAACUGCUCCAUUUAACAUUAAUUUUUAUGUAUUGCUCGCACCUUAAAGCAAAGCUUUGUUUUUAUUUAAUUGUAUUAACAAGGUGUAGAAUUAAAAAAAGACUGUCUAGUAAGGUGUACUUCUCAAAAGCUCAUUGAGCUGUUGACGGCUGAAAAUGUUUACUAAUGAAAAGCGUUUAAGUGUUGGAGUGAUAAAGCAUUCCAUGACAAUAGAUUCGUCACAUUACUUUUAACCAAAAUUUCGAGGUGUAGAGCACAUAGUCUCCUUUUAUGAUGGACAUCUUCUCUAUUUCCCGUAAAGAAAAAGAGCAACCAAUUUGAGAGUAACAAUAUUAAAAAUUUAAUUGCACUGAUAUUUUUACAUAUUAAAUAACACAGAAUUGACGUGGCAAGCUAUUCCGAUGAUGAUCUUAUCAACGAACCAAAGAAAAAAAGGAAAGAUGUAUUAAUAGUACACCCAGUGUUGCAUAUAAAAUAAACUGGAAUAUUGGGUAAAAUUUUAACAUAAAUUAGAUUUUUGUUGAAUUAAAAAGGUAUAAUUUUUGUUAUAAUGACAGAUAAUGUUUUAAACAUAAUUUACCUAAGUAAUAUGUAUUUAUUUCUUUUCUGCUUGGAAAAUGCAUUUUACAGAAUAGCCGUCGCUUUCUCAGUCUAUUAUGGUUUGAGAAACAUACACUUUUAAAUUAAUAUUUAGGUAAAAUGACUAUUUUUUCAAAAUGCUUUAUGUACAUUUUUAAAAAAGAGGCUUAUUUAUCCAGUGUUAACCUUACCCAAUAGUAAUUAAUAUUGAAAAUGAACUAUUGCUAUAUUACUUUACGGUAUGUAUAUAUUUGUUACAUCUUUAAAUAUACCUGUAUUAUAGUUAAGUCUUGAAGAGAGUAAAACUAAUGAGCUCUUAAAUGGUUCUCAAUAAUAGCUUUAAGUCUUGUAAUGAAUGCCAAAAAUAAAUAAACUCUGUUACGGACUUGUUGGUUUGUGAUCGGUUGCAUUAGUGUAAGACUCCAGGCCUAAGCUGUGUUUUUGAUGUUUCUGAGGGUUAGAAGACUUUUGUAAUUACGCUAAUUUGUGUUAAACUAUAUUUCUGUAAAUUUAUAGUAACAAUACGAAUAUUAUAAUAUCAAUAUGUUAUGGAAUUUUAUCGUUGUAAUGAAUAGUUUUUGAUGGCUUUGUUUUUUAGAAAGGUGUCACACUCUGUAUAAACUAGGUAUGAUAUACACUUUGUUAGUUUUAUAGAUUUUUAUUGUUUUCAAUGGAUUUAACUGGAUUUGGGUGCAAAAGAUAACAUUUAUAUUUCGAAAAGAUUGAAACUUACUGUGAAUGAUUGAUAAACCACCUAUUGUAUAUGGAUUUCAUUAAUUAACACUACCCGAUCUCUUUAAUUUCAUGACUUAUUCUAGAACGGUGAAUUGACAGUUUCUUGCAAUGUUGCAGGAUUUUAUCGAUCUAUUGCACCCAAAUUAUGAUAUCACAACUUAAAAAGUAUUAUUAGAUAAUAAUAUACAGCCAAGCUGAACAGUGAGAUAUUUCUGUAAUAUUUUAGAAUAAGAGAUGUAUUUAAAGAAAGAACUUAGUAAUAAAGACAUGCUAAAAAUCUAA